AAUGGCGGCGGUUUUGUCGUGCGUUAACAGUUAGCUCACUAAAUGAAUUAAUUUAAAGUAUUCCAACUUUUAAUGAAGGUAUACUUGUAAUAGGUAUAUAGAAAAAUUUGUAGAGAAGUUAGCCUAUCUUCCAGGGUCGUUCUGUCUUUAGUUCAGUGGUUAAUUUCUUUUGACUUUAGUAAAGCAGCUGUGGCAUUUCAGUCAUGUCGGAUGAGGACGAAGCCCCUUUGGUGAAAAAAGCUCGAAUCUUCUAUGGUAGUAUUGAAGAAAAAGAAAAGGAGCGACUUGGCCGUGAGGGAGCCAUUUCAUCUGGAAAAGAUGCCAUUAAGGCUGGAAUUGAGGCUGGGAAUAUUAACAUCUCCAGUGGUGAGUCCAUGGAGCUGGAGGAGCGUCCGAGCGAGCGGCAGGCUGAGGUACUGGCUGAAUUCGAGCGAAGAAAAAGAGCCCGACAAAUCACAGUGUCUACUGAUGACACUGAAGUCAAAGCGUGCCUGCGUGCCCUCGGAGAGCCGAUCACACUGUUCGGUGAGGGCCCUGCUGAAAGACGAGAGAGGUUGAGGAAUAUUUUGUCAGUAGUGGGUCCGGAUGCUCUGAAGAAAUCGAAAAAGGAUGAAGAGAAAGCGAAACGUUCCCAAGAGGACUCUCAGCAGACAUGGUACCACGAGGGUCCCGAAACGCUGAAGGAGGCACGUAUCUGGCUGGCCAAAUAUUCACUGCCCAAAGCUGUACAAAGGCUGAAUGCUGCACAGGUUUACAGAGAGAUUCCCGAAUCUACACGCACCGUACGACAGCAAGAGCUUCACAAGACACUCAGGAACCUGAAUAACUUCUGCAGUCAGAUCGGAGACGAUCGUCCGAUAUCCUACUGCCAGUUCAGCCCGAACUCCAAACUGUUAGUCACUGCAUCAUGGAGUGGUCUGUGCAAGCUCUGGAACAUUCCAGACUGUAGUCUUGUCCGGACAUUAAGAGGUCACAAUACCAAUGUUGGAGCAGUCAGCUUCCAUCCACAAGCCACACUCACUCUUGACGAGUCAGACGUCAACAUGGCCUCCUGUGCUGCGGAUGGAUCGGUCAAGCUGUGGAGUUUAGACAGUGAUGAGCCUGUAGCAGACAUUGAGGGUCACUUCAUGAGGGUGGCCCGCGUAGCGUGGCAUCCUUCUGGUCGCUUUCUCGGCACGACAUGCUAUGAUAACUCGUGGCGUCUGUGGGAUCUGGAGGCCCAGGAGGAGAUUCUUCACCAGGAAGGUCAUAGUAAAGGUGUCCAUGAUUUGCAUUUCCAUCCUGAUGGUUCCUUAGCGGGAACUGGUGGCCUGGACUCAUUUGGUCGCGUGUGGGAUCUGAGGACUGGUCGCUGCGUCAUGUUCCUGGAGGGUCAUCUCAAAGAGGUCUACGCAAUCAAUUUCUCCCCAAAUGGCUUUCACGUGGCCACGGGGAGCGGUGACAACAUGUGUAAAGUGUGGGACCUGCGAAAAAGGAGGUGCAUUUACACCAUCCCCGCUCACCAGAACCUGCUGUCAUCUGUCAAGUUCCAGCCUACAGAUGGUCAUUUCUUGCUAACGGGUGCAUACGACAACAUGGCUAAAGUGUGGACUCACCCUGGAUGGUCUCCUCUGAAGACUCUGGCAGGACAUGAGGGCAAAGUGAUGGGACUGGACAUGUCUCCUGAUGGACAGCUCAUUGCGACCUGCUCGUAUGACCGCACCUUCAAGCUCUGGGUGGCUGAUUGAGGAUGAUGGAGUGUAAUUCGGGGUGGUUUUGAUAAGUUCAUGACUCCUGGAUGGGGAAAAACAGCCUGCUGCUCGAGUUUCUGAAUCCUUAAGUCAUUUUGGUUUUUAUGAUAGAGGCCCAGAUUUUUUUUUUCUUUUCUGCCCUCCCCCCUUUUUUUAAUCCAGCACAUAGAUAUUCGUUCAGAAUUUGAACUUAUUUUGCAAAAUUUAUUCAGGUUAUUGUGUCCUUCCAUUGACCUUUUUGUGUUUUUAUUAUUAAAAACAUUAAUACAGUCA